UCUCAACCUAAGUUUCAAAACUUAGAAAAUGAUACACCCAUGCGUUUCCAAUGGAAGAAACCCAUUAAUCUCGCCAAACUUCGGAUUGAAAACUUCCCCACCAAGACUCUUCCCCGUUUCUUGAGACAAAUCCGCUGUUCUCACUCUCAGAACCCCAAAAACACCAUUGACAAGCCCUCAGCCCCUCAAAGCCAUCUCUUCGAACCCAUCAUUUUAGACCCCAAUGAAGUCCCUCCUAUUACGAAAAAGAAAUUUUAUGUGGAGAGAAAAGACAAUUCUUCCCCUGCUGGCAGUAAACAAAUGGUGGUUUUGUGUGGAUUAGGCUACUGGGUGCAGGGUUUCAGGGGAUUCCCUUGGCUGGGUCUUAACUUCCAUAUGGCUGACAAUCUCAGUUUACGUCCUUCAACUCUUCAACUUGUGCAGAAUGCUGCUAAUCUGCCCAUGGUGGUAAAACCUCUGUACGGAAUCUUGUCUGAUGCCAUUCAUAUCUUUGGAGGCCACAGAAUACCUUAUAUUUGUCUUGGAGUUGAGAGAAGUCAAUGUGCGCUGUUACUGAGAACAUUGGGAGGUGGGAAAUGUACUCAGACUGAGUUCAGUUUGGUCCUAUCAUGGGGCUCAGUGGCAAUGAUACCAGUUGCAAGUGAAGCCCUUCCUACUCUCAUGGCAUGUGUUCUUCUUAGUAAUCUUGGAGCAUCCCUUACAGAAGUUGCAAAUGACGCUCUUAUAGCUGAAUAUGGCCAGAAGCACAAAAUGAGAGGCCUCCAGUCUCAUGCAUUUAUGAUUUCAGCUGCUGGUGGAAUCUUAGGCAACUUAUUGGGUGGUUUUUUCUUAUUGAAGACACAACAGCCCAAGUCUAUGUUUCUAAUAUUCACUGCUCUACUUGCUGUUCAACUUGCAAUUUCUCUCAGAACAAAAGAGGAUUCUCUUGGUUUACCUCACACAUCGAGCCAAGGUCUAGGAAGGAAAUUUAUUUCAGAUCGCAUUAGAAAACAAUAUUCUAAUCUUAUGAUGGCAGUUAAUGAAGAGAGUAUCUCUCGACCUCUUAUUUGGAUUGUAGCUUCAAUUGCCAUGGUUCCAAUCCUAUCAGGUUCUGUAUUUUGCUACCAAAUGCAAUGUUUAAAUCUUGACCCGUCGGUGAUAGGGAUGUCUCGAGUAACUGGCCAAUUGAUGCUUCUUUCGAUAACCAUUCUUUAUGAUCGUUUCUGGAAAAAUAUUUCAAUGAGAAAAUUAAUUGGUAUAGCACAGAUUUCAUAUGCUGCUUCUCUUCUUAUUGACCUUAUCUUAGUGAAGCAGAUGAACCUUAAACUGGGAAUUCCAAAUGAAGUGUUUGUUCUUUGCUUUUCGGGGUUAGCUGAAACACUUGCACAAUUUAAGCUCUUGCCAUUUCAAGUACUUUUUGCAAGUUUGGCUCCUCCAGGUUGUGAAGGAUCUCUCACUUCUUUCUUGGCCUCUACCUUGUGUUUAUCAUCAAUAGUUAGUGGAUUUUUGGGUGUUGGAUUGGCUUCUCUUCUUGGAAUAAGAUCAGGGGAUUACUCUAGCUUGCCUGUGGGAAUUAUUGUACAGUUUCUUGCUGCUUUGAUUCCUCUUAAAUGGAUUUAUAAGGUCCCCUUCUCUCCAUCUGUUAUAAAGGAAAAGCAGCGAGGUAGGAGUAAAAGAACUCGAAGAAACAGGAGAGUUGGAAGGGUUGGUUUUGGAUCAAUUUAUGCCUACAGGAGAGAGCGAGGGUCUGAGUCACCGAGGUGA